AUGAAUUCGGUCACUGCUGUAAUUACAGAUGGAGCAGCAAACAUGACAAAAUCUAUAGAAUUAGCUUUUGGAAGAAAUCAUCAAAUUCCUUGUUUUGCUCAUACAAUUAAUUUAAUAGCAGAAAGAUCACUGUUAAAUGUAGCUGAAUUGACAAAAUUAAUUUCAAAUGUUAAAUCAAUUGUUACCUGGUUUAAGCACAGUGUGGUUGGAAGCGAUGAUUUAAGAAAAUUGACAGGCGGGGAUGGUAAAUUAAUCCAAGAAGUUUCCACUCGUUGGAACAGCACAUUCUACAUGUUACAAAGAUUUAUAUCUCUACGCCCAUUUGUAAAUGAAAUAUUAAAUAAGAACAUUAAAGCACCUGAAAUGAUAUCUGCACAAAGUGUAUUAGAUAUUACAGAAGUGAUAGAAGUUCUUAAACCUUUGGAAGCAGCAACAAGAGAGUUGUGUGGUGAAUUUUAUGUCACUAGUAGUGUAAUUAUCCCAAUGACUCAUUUAUUAUAUAAUAAAAUAAAUCUAACUAAAACUACAACAAUCAUAAGUUCAAAAUUAAAAGUUGCUUUAUUAGAACAAUGCCAAAAGCGUUUUGAAUUCAUAGAAAGUGUAACACAUGUGGCAAUUGCCACUAUUUUGGACCCUCGUUUCAAAAAGAUAUACUUUAAAUCAUCUAUAGCAUUAUCCCGAGCUCUAAGUAUAAUAUCCGAUACAUUGAAAACAUCAACAGAUCAAGUAGAAAGUAUUCCAGAACCAGAUUUAACAGACCAAGAACAGAAUACAUCUGAUGGAUUCAGCUUAUGGGAUAAUCAUAACGGCUUAAUGCAACAAACCAACCAGGAAUGCAUUGAAACGGAAAUUGGAUAUCCUUCAGAGUUGUGCCUAUAUUUAAAAAGCAAUCUAGCAAAUUUAUCAGAGAAACCCUUAGAAGUAUGGCAUAACAUGAGUACUGUCUAUCCAAAUCUGUCUAAACUUGCUAUUAAAUAUCUCUCAAUAGUUGCCACCUCUGUGCCCUCAGAAAGGUUAUUUUCUAAGGCCGGGUCAACUUUAAGUACUAAAAGGAAUAGAAUUACAUGUAAAAGACUUCAUAAGCUAUUAUUUUUGCAAUCACUAGAUGAUAGUUUAUGGGGGAUUUGA